GGAAGCAUUGUAGUAAAUGAUAUCACAAAACAAUAUCACAAGACUAAAGUAUAAAAUUAAGUACCAUUCGUACCAAAACUCUUCAAUUCUAAAUUCUCAGUUCUCAAUUCUCAACCGAAGUUUCGUAAAGAAACUCACCGUACUCGGCCGCUGUCGCCCUCCAUUCUCCGUCCUCAACCUCGUUCAGCUCGUCCCCUUUCAAUUUUGCCCUAAAUCAGGGUCAGGGUGGACAUUAGAGCAGUGUGUUUGAGUUUGGAGAGAGAGAGAGUGGUGGAGUGUGGCGACUAUUUCUGAAAAUUAUUGAAGAAGAAGACCACACAAUGCAACAGCAGCAGCAGAAGAAGAAGAAUUUCAGAAAGAGAUGCGUUUCCGCUGAACCUGAUGAGACGGACGAAGGCCAGGAUGAACAAGAAAGGAGAAUGGCGCUGGAAGAGGUGAAAUUUCUUCAGAAGCAGAGGCAAAGGAAGUCGGGGAUUCCUGCUGUUGCCGGGGGUGAAAGUGCUUCUGAUAUCAAGAUUGGCAUUGGCAGUGGCAGUAAGAAGGCAGCGGACGACGCCCAAUCCCAUCACCAUCAGUAUCAGUCUAACUCUAAGACCCCGCCAGAUCCCUCCGAUGUCGACAAGGACAAGGAUGACCUCGUUCUCCAAGACACUUUUGCUCAGGAAACUGCCGUCAUGGUUGAAGAUCCCAAUAUGCUAAAGUAUGUUGAACAAGAAUUAGCAAAGAAGAGGGGCAAGAUAAUGGAUGCUACUGAUCAAACUGAGAAUGAUUUGAAGAAUGCUGAAGAUGAGCUAUACAAAAUCCCUGACCAUCUCAAAGUAAAGAAGCGCAACUCGGAGGAAAGCUCCACUCAGUGGACUACUGGGAUUGCUGAAGUUCAGCUUCCCAUUGAAUACAAAUUGAAAAAUAUAGAGGAAACUGAGGCUGCUAAAAAGCUUCUUCAGGAGAAGCGGCUCAUGGGCCGGACUAAAUCAGAAUUUAGCAUUCCUUCAAGUUACAGUGCCGAUUACUUUCAGCGUGGAAGGGACUAUGCUGAAAAACUUCGAAGAGAGCAUCCCGAGCUCUACAAAGACAGAAGUUCACAGGAGGAAGGUGGUGGUGCACCCAGACAAGCCGAUACUGGCACAGAGGCAGCUGGACAAAGGCAAGCUGCAACUGAUCAAUUUAUGCUAGAGCGCUUCCGCAAAAGAGAGCGGCUUCGCGUAAUGCGGAGAUGACAUGAUGUCUUGUGCUCCUCUAUUCUUCUACUAAUGAUAUCUGGUCCUUAAAAAUCAACAAUCCGUUUGACCAUAUGGUAGAUGCUUCAUUGGAUUCGCUGAAUAAAUCUCUGCUCCUGCCUUCAUAGUUGAAGAGCUAUGCGGUUCCAGUUCCACACAUCGAGUAGAGUUUUGGCUACCUAACAACCGACACUUAGUGCCAUAACUUAUAUCCCUUUAUGUCAAUCGUGCAAUUUCCCUCAUUUUCAACUCUACUAUUUUACUUCAAGGAAUAUAAUACGUAAGAUCUUAUGACCCUUUUGUUUUCUUAUUAUUAUUACUUUUUUCUAAAUAAGAUCUUAUCGCAAAUCACCUUAUGAUUCAUAGUCGUCUGGUAUUUUUAUAUAAUGAUAGAGCUGUUUCGUUAA